AUGGCCGGGUCAACUAAUUUGGCUUCCAUGAAAAAAGUCGUUCAACAGCUUCAUUUGGUAGCUAGUAUUAACUGAAUGAAGGUUUUGCAGGCAGCAGCAGAACUGAAACAGUUUUGUUUACAAAAUGCGCAUAGUGAUUACUUACUAACAGGAAUGUCUGCCAGGACAAAUCCAUUUAAAUCUCAGAGAGUCUGUGUUUUUUUGUAAAUUUGACAACUGCAGUGUUCAUGUGGUUUUAAAGAAAUGUAUAUUUUUAUGAAGCCGACAGUAAUUUUCUUUGCCUGGAGGAGAUGGUUUGAUUUAGAGCCGGUAUAAACUCUUGCCUUAACCAUCUAUCUACAUUAAACAGAAUUGUGUACAUGGCUACUGUUCAAGAAGCCGUUCAACAUCUACCUCUUCUAAAGGACUGUAGCAUUU